AUGUCUUUACGGCCAUCGAGUUCCCAAGUAGAAUCUUCCAGAUUCAAAGACGUUGGUUCUAAUUCUAUUGACCUGCAUCUAAAAGAUCAGGGUUACACAUUUGGAAAGACUAUAGGAGAAGGUUCCUACUGCAAAGUCAAAUUUUUUAUUUUUAAGACAGUAUACCAACGGGCCGGAAAUAAUCACAUUCAAAAGAUUGCUUGCAAGAUCAUCGACAAGUGUAAAGCAUCCAAUGAAUUUGUCACCAAAUUUCUACCUCGAGAAUUGUCGGUAGUGCGAGGAUUAAGGCAUUCGAACAUAGUUACAGUAUUGAAUGUUCUGAGCACACCACGUUAUGUUUACAUUUUCAUGGACUUCUGUGAGAGAGGUGAUCUCUUGGAUUAUAUUCGGGCAAAAGGUGCUCUGACUGAAUCUAGGUCAAGACAUUUCUUCAAACAGAUAGUAUCCGCAGUUCAACAUUUACAUUCGCUGGAUAUUGCUCACAGGGAUUUGAAAUGUGAAAAUGUCUUGUUGACCACAAAGGACCACGUGAAAAUUGCUGACUUCGGAUUUGCCAGAUGGUGUCGCGACGAAAAAGGGCACAGAAUUUUAUCAGACACUUUCUGUGGUAGUGCGGCUUAUGCCGCGCCAGAAAUUUUGCAAGGAACCAUGUAUAAUCCAAAGAUGUAUGAUUCUUGGUCGCUUGGUUGCAUUUUGUUCAUUAUGUUGACUGCGUCAAUGCCAUUUGACGAUGCCCAUAUGCCGAGCAUGAUUCGAGCACAGACAAACAGACUGAUUAAAUUUAAUGAGAAAAUUCAAGCUGGCUCAACAGUCUGCAUCUCUUGGAACCAGAUGUUACACGACGUGCAACUAUGA